AUGUCUAGGUACUCUCGACCACCAAAUACAUCAUUGUACAUUAGAAAUGUACCAGACAACUCAAGAUCUGAAGAAUUAAGAAGUAUGUUUGGAAAGUAUGGACCCAUCACUGAUGUUUAUAUUCCAACUGAUUAUUAUACACGUAGAGUGAGAGGAUUCGCUUAUAUCAAGUUUAAAAAUACAUUUGAAGAUCCACGAGAUGCUGAUGAUGCUUUAUAUCACUUAGAUAGGACCAAAUUCAAUGGCAGAGAAUUAGAAAUAGAAUUUGCAAGAGGUGAUCGUAAAAGUCCAAAUCAAAUGAAAGGAAAAGAUAGGAGGAGAAGUUAUAAUAGGUAUGAUGAUUAUGAUGACAGAAGACGACGAAGGAGGAGCCCAAGGUAUGCUUACCUUAUAGACACUGAUAUAAGCUACUAA